AAACUUCCGGGAAGAAGGAAGUACUAGCUAAAAAUAAAAAAUUGAGGGCGGGCAUGGACGUGCAGAAAAGAUUGGCGACUCUGUUUCGCGCCUCUCCGCGUCCGUCGGCUGCCCAGCUCCAUGCUCCGUCUCUCCGCGAGUCGCCAGUCCACCGCCGCCUGCGGCUGCCCACUGCCUGCCCGCCCAGCCCCUCAAGACGCUGACAGGUGGCCGCCACUGCCCUAGAUUUCGAUUCGGAUGCCUAACAGAACUGUGCCCUAGAAUGUAUAACGGUAGCUAAAUAAGAGCCAAUUAUUGGUGCAAAAUGCUACCAAUGUUAUAGCCAAUGCUUGCAUGGUUAAGAUCCUUGGUGCAAAGGAAUUCAUUUUCAAAUAUGUUUCCAGUGUAUCAAAUAUAGAUCCGCCUAAUAAAUAUAAAUCCGCCACUGUAUCUCUUUGCAGCACCAAGAUGCUUAUCAAAGGCAUCCCACGUCAUUGGAUCGGAGCUCACUACACGUUAUACUCUAAACUUUUGAGUCUUUGUAUCGAUCGAGGGGCGGCAAACCAAUGUUGUUUGAUUCAUUCCCACAUGAUAAUAAAUGGUAUUUUGCCAAACAUACAUCUGCACACAAAGCUGAUCAUAUGUUAUUCAAAGUUUGGUGAAAUGGGAACCGCCCAGAAGGUGUUUGAGGGUAUGGUCCGAAAGAAUUUGGUUUCUUGGACCGCGUUAUUGUCAGGGUAUUCUCGAAAUAUGGAUUCAGGAAAAUCUCUAAGAGUGUUUAUUUCAAUGCACCGUGAGGGGUUAAAGGGGAAUCAAUUUACAUAUGGAAGUGUUUUAAGGGCGUGCACCAAUUUGUUGGGUUUGAAUCAAGGGAAACAAGUACAAGGGCGUGUUCAGAAGAGCAGAUUCGCUAAAAAUCUAUUUGUGCAGAGUGCAUUGCUUGAUUUCCACUCCAAAUGUGGGGAAAUAAAUGAUGCUCGUCUUGUGUUUGAUUCAAUGUUGGAGAGAGAUUUGGUUUCAUGGAAUACAAUGAUUGGUGGAUAUUCUUUUCAGGGAUUCUAUGAGCAUGCAUUUUUUAUGUUCCGCUCGAUGCUAAGAGAAGGUUUGUAUCCCGAUUGCUUCACGUUUGGGAGUAUUCUGAGAAAUUCAUUUGGAGGUUAUAGAGUCGAUGGACUCAUGAUUGUUAGCAGUAUACACGGUAUCGUUGUUCAAUUGGGGUAUGAGUUGAAUAACGUGCCUAUUGGAUCUCUAGUUGACACCUAUGUGAAGUAUGGGAAUUUAGCUGAUGCAAAUCGUCUCUAUAGAAGUAUGAAGAAGACAGAUAUCAUAUCAUGCACUACACUAAUUAUGGGAUAUGCUCGUCAGGGUAAAGGCAUUGAUGAAUGCAUGAAUCUCUUUUUAGAGUUGCAUCGGUUGCACGUGGGAAUUGACAGUGUAAUAUUGUGCUCAAUGCUUAGUUUGUGCGCUAAAUCAGCAUUAUUGAGUCUAGGAAGGCAGAUGCAUACUCUUGCAUUGAAAUAUCAAAAUAAACAUGAUGUAGCCUUGGGAAACUCUUUGAUUGACAUGUACUCAAAAGCAGGUGAGAUUGAGGCUGCUAAGAUAAUUUUUCAUCACAUGGAAGAGAAGAAUGUAAUCUCGUGGACAUCAAUGAUAUCUGGAUAUGGUGUGCACGGCCAUACUGAGAACGCAAUUUCUCUGUACAAGAAGAUGGAAUUGCAGGGAAUUCAUCCAAAUCAUAUUACAUUCUUGUCCCUUUUUUCUGCGUGUAGCCAUACUGGAUUGACUUCUCAAGGCUGGGAGUUCUUCCACAAUAUGGUUCGCAAAUAUAAGAUUUGCCCACUGUCGAAGCAUUAUGCUUGCAUGGUAGACCUUUUGGCACGUGAGGGUUGUUUGGAAGAAGCCCAUAGUUUGAUAUGUAGGGAGAAUAUUAAUCCGAGUGCCUCUCUUUGGGGAUCACUUCUUGGGGCGUGUAGUAUGCAUGAACAUAUGCAUCUUGGAGAGUUAGCAGCGAAGAAUUUAUUUAGUAUGACCCCCCAAGAGCCUGCCAACUAUGUUGUCUUAGCUAACAUAUAUGCAUCGACAGGUUUAUGGCAAAGGGCCGCUGAUACACGAGAAUUGAUUGUUAAUAGGAGGUUAUUGAAGAAUCCUGGUCAUAGUUUUGUCCUGUCAAACAGCAAGAAUAUAUCACUUAUUCCCGCUGGUUGGUAUAAAGAAAAAGAAAGGAUAUAAGGCUAGAGAUAAGGAGCACAUUGACUUGUUUAAUGUUGCUGUUAGUCAACCUAAAGUUCCGUCUCGUAAAUUAUCUCUUCAUGUGUACAAAUGCCAAAUGUAAUAUUAUGGUCUUGGAUCAAUGGUCUGGUGACUGGUGUGUUUCCAAAUCAAUAUUGUGCGAGUUCUUCAAAGCUGGGUAAUGUACAAAGGGUUUCAAGUGGAAGUUCUCACACGAUCUGAAUAUUCAAAAAAAGGAGAGAAGAUUGUACAUUUCAGAAAUGCGAUCAUGUAAAAAAGAAAUAGUGGAGGAUUUGGAGUUUGGGACCUAGAGACUUUGGAGGAGUUUGUGGCAUAAAAAGUGAGGAGUAUAACAAGAACCAAUCAAGUUUCAGCAUUCAAAAUGGACUGCAUCAAAUCCUGAGUCCUGAACUAUUUGUGGAACAGAAGAGGAAGAAGUGGGAAGAAACUCAAGGAAGAGGUGUUAAGACGGCCUUGCAAAAAGCAGAGAUAACUAAGAAUGAUUGCAUGAGGUAUAUAUCUGACAUACACCAACAUUCCCCGCCAACCCAAAAAGCAAAACAAAACCAACACAAUUCAAAUUUGCUUAUCAAGAGUCAUGCUUCAUAGGAUGACGCUGGAUGCUCAACCUCAGCACCGUGCACAGGAAAUACCAAAGAUGUUUUUGAUGAGUAUGAUGAUGAUUUGGAUAAGGAGUUGAAUUAGAUGGAGGCAUGAUUUGCAAGAACAACACUACAAAUCAAUGAAACUGGUGGGUGGCCAAGCACGAGACUGCAAAUUUAAUUGAUGAAAUCUCAUGUUUUAGAUUAUUCUCAGAGUUGAUCUUGAGAUGUAUAGAUUUUGGUACUUGGUAUUUUCCUUCAUUAUCUACACACAACUUUUUCCAAUGUGACACAAAUAAGUUUAGGAGUAAUUAGGAGAACUUUGGACUAUAGUUUACUAAGUUUGGACUAUUUGUUUAGGCUUGUAAUUAGGAAGUUUGGAUUAUUUCCAAUGUGUCAUAUAAACACAUAUAUUUAGAGCCCGGUUGGUGGUUUUGUUUUUCGGCCUAUCAGGCUUAUCAAUCAACUUUUUAACCAAACA